GAGGCCAGUUAGGUAAGAGAUCACAUGACCCGUAGGUAAACAGAGCGACUGACGACGUGCAGCAGCUGAUCGAACGGACCGCCACAAUCACUUCGCAUGACGCAAGGGCAACAGUGACAAAACUCUCUCAAAAAUGGCAUCAAAGCUGCCGAUUGAGGUAGUGACCCACAUUAUGUCCUUUCUGGGGGUACCUGACCGCAAGGAGGCUGCUCUUGUAUGCCAAGCCUGGUAUGAGGCAUCUUUAGACCCAGCAUUGCAGCAGAACAUAAUUGUAAACUUCUCCUAUGAGAAAACUGGGGAAAUUCUUCAGAGCUUUCAGCGACGACGGCUCAGCCACCUUGUUCUCUCUCAAUUUGAUAAUUCAAGUUCCUCCACAAAUGCAAUACUGAAGUCAUUUGAGCAGAUCUCUGAAGAUCUGAAAAGUCUGUCCUUGAAAGACUCAAACAUUACAGAAGGGACACUACUCCAGAUGCUUCUGAAGUGUCCACACUUGGAGAGUCUGGAUCUCAGUGGGUGCAAUUCCCUUUUCAUGGCUGGUACUUUAUUAAACAACAAUGAGAAAGCCCAGCAGCUUGAAAAAGCCAUGAAGAAUGUGAAAGAAUUAAAGCUAGCAUCACUGCGUUACAUUUCAGACAACUCCUUCCAUCGACUGAUGGCUGCAUUCCCAAAUCUGUCCAAGCUGAGUCUGGCAUCCAGUCAGAUUACUUAUAAUGGCUCUGCUUAUUAUUCCAGAACCUCAGCAGUGUAUGAUAAUACAGCUGUUUUCACUUUCUUUAAACUGGAGCAGUACAUUUCUGAUCAUGUCAGACAACUGAAAGUGUUAGAUCUUAGCCGCACAUCCAUCACAAAUGAACACCUUGGACAGCUUGUCCGCAUUACAGACCUUCAGCUGGAGGAACUUUUCCUGGUGGGUUGCCGUGACAUUGGCAAUGAAGGUGUGAACAGGCUGUGUCAGCAUCAAACUAGCCUGCGUGUGCUAGAUCUGACUGAGUGCGUGGACGUCAGAGAUGUGGGCGUGGCAAACAUCACCACUCACCUUAGCAAGCUGGAGACACUCCGCCUUAACAAAUGUCACAUGAUCACUAAUGCUUCCAUCGGUUUGUUGAAAAACUUGCCCCACUUGCAAGUGUUGGACCUGGUAGAGUGUUAUGAGCUCACCAGUGCAGGAUUGGUGACUGGACUUUGUGAGGUGGUCAAGUCCAGCCUUACUCACCUCAACCUGUCAUGCUGCAGCAAGGUGGACACAGACCUGGUCAUCAAGCUGGCGCAGCAUGUUCCCAUUUUGCAACACUUGGACCUUAGCUCCUGCUUCUUGCUGCAGGAUGUGGGUCUUCACAAUAUAUCCAGUUCCCUUCACAACCUCCGUACACUGCGUCUUGCCUGGUGCAAAUCCAUAACCAAUCUCGGCCUUCUUGGCCUGCAGGCUAAUGGGCUGUGCCCAGUCCAUGACCCAGUGGAUUCUCAACUAAACGGAGAAUGCAGCUGCAGUGGGAAGUCUAAAUUCCCGGUCAUAUUUCGCAAACCCACAGAAGCGCUCCGGGAAAAGAAUGAGGCGACUGUGAAAAGAAUGAUAGCAGAGCUCAAUGAUGCAUUUGUUCCCCAAAGCCUGAGCGCUCUGACAUAUCUGCAAAACUUAGACCUAAGCUCAUGCCCGCAGCUAACAGAUCUUGGUCUGCGAGGUGCCAUCAAGUUCUGUGAACUGAGGGUUUUGAAGAUGAACCUGUUGCAUGGACUGACAGAUGAAGGGUUGACUGACAUUGCCAUUAACAAUCCUGGACUUGAAGAACUCCAGUUACAGCAGUGUGCUCGCAUCUCAGACACAGGCAUAGACAUUGUAACACAGCGAUGUCAACGCUUAAUAUACUUGGAUGUGUCAAACUGUGACCGUCUCACAGACACAUCAUUGCUCCACAUCCAGGACAACUGCAGACGACUUCGGCACCUUGACCUCUCCUACUGCAGCAGUCUCACCAUCCAGGCUGUUGACCAGUUGGAAGCACGGAUGCAAACCUUAACCUCUUUGCGAAGGCUAAAUGUAGGUUUGUCUAAACUUCCUCUGGGUAUGAAUAUGAUUUCUGGCCCAGGUGGUUUGAAGAAGGUCAGCUCAGGGAAAAUACCACUGUUAACAUUAGUUUAGCAAAACCAUAACAUUUAUAUUUUAACCUGUUUUAUCUAUAUACCUGGACUACAUGGAUGUCAGACUUACGUUAGGCUGUUCAGAAAGAAACAUGUCCAGUCUUUUAUGUAUUUCAAGAUUUGACAGGGUAUAAGCACUGCAGAAAUAAGCUGGCAAUGGGGAACACAUUUAUUGGGUCUUAAUACAUUGUGGUGAAAGCAUUGUGAUUUACACAGAGAGAGGGGUCCAUAUCUGUCUUUGCAGGACCUGGUAGUUUGAAUUAUACUGCUGUGAUUGCUUGAUUAUCAUGUUUAUGAUAGUGAAGAGAUGGAACAUGUUUGAUGAAGACAAUUACUUAAAAACUAUCAAAUACUAUACUUACUUAUAUUUGUAUAUUAACAUUUACAUUUGAGAACUUGAUGUGAUUAUUAUGAAAUGGAUUUUGCAUGCUUGUGUAGUGUGUAUAUAUGUAUAUGCUCAGUUGCUGUAUCUUUUAAAAUAGAGCACACUAGGUUUGUGCAAUUAACGAACAAGGAGCUGAUAUAAAUAUGCUUUUAAUGGUUGUUUCGUUACAGAAUAUGACAGAAAUAGUACAUUGAUUAUAUUUAUUUUCAUCAGUUUUUCUCCCAUUUUGCAUAUUAGUUUGUUGAGGCUUGCUGCAUCUGUGAUGUCCCAUUCAAGAUUGUGUUGAAAUGUUUUAAACAAGGAACCAGUAAUUCGUAUGCUAUAUAUCAUGCAGUCAUGCAUGUGAGUAUGUGAUAUUUAAAAUUAAGGUGUUUUUGGAACAAGUGCUUUCAUGACAAUGAUUAUUAUUGUCGUAUGAUCUGAUUUUUUAUUAUUAUUACUUAUAUUUGUGCUAUGAGGAAACUUACAUUGUUUUUAUUUUCAGAGUAUACCGUAACAGUUAGUGUAUAUAAGAGAAAGUGCCAUAGUCUUCGUUUUGCAUGCUUGGAGAAUGUUUAAGUGUAUUACUUAUUAUGUUAAUUGCUUUGCAUUGUUAUAACGAUGUGAACAUUACUGUAAACAAUGUGAAAAUAUUCCAAGGUCAGAUUUGGAAUAGCUUGUACUGAAAUCAGCAUGCUACUCCAGGGACUUUUUGUUAAAUGCGAUUGGAUAUAUUUAGGUUGUAUAAGUAACUUGAUGGCAGGAUUAGAUGUAGGCCUAGGAAAGAAAGGGUAGCUCAGAGCUCAUUAAUUUCAUUGGUGUUGAAACUUCACCACAAACCUAGUAUACCUCUAUAUUUACAUAAAAUGUGUUACUAGAUCAUUAUUAAAUAACUCAUUAAUUAAAUAUUACUUAAAUUGCUAUGUUAUAUCACCGUGUAUUACAACACUGGAUAAGACUGCAAUUGUGGAUUGUGCACAUUUCAAUUACUUUAGUGCACAUUGUGUUGAUACACGUACACAUUAAAAAAAAACAUUACCCCUCCCAAUAUUGGGCAUUUAAAUAGCAGUGCAAAAACUAUUAUUGUGUCAUUACUUUAUAGCAUUUUAAAAACAUAACAGGCAGAGACUUUUUAAUCAUUUUCAUGUUUACACAUUUAUCAAGAAUAUGUUUCUUGCACAAGGUUGCUAUCAAAUGCAGAGCUGUUUAUUAGUGUAAUUAUUUUCUAUAUUUUCAAUGGAAAAUAUGAAAAUACAAUUGACAACAAACUUGUAUUUCUGGACUGCUGGCAGAUGAAUUUUUCCAGUUUACUACUAAAACGAGGCAUGAGACUACAA